CUCUCGUACACGAGGCACUUGUGUCCUGCUUUCCAGCGCCUGCCGUGAAGAUGUCCCACCCAUCCCCAGCAGCCAAGCCUUCCAAUUCCAAGAACCCGCGAGUCUUCUUUGACGUGGACAUCGGCGGGGAGCGAGUUGGAGGAAUUGUUUUAGAAUUGUUUGCAGAUAUUGUUCCUAAAACUGCAGAAAAUUUUCGUGCAUUGUGUACAGGAGAAAAGGGCACUGGACUGACAACUGGGAAACCUCUGCAUUUUAAAGGAUGCCCUUUCCACCGAAUUAUUAAGAAAUUUAUGAUUCAGGGUGGAGACUUCUCAAAUCAGAAUGGGACAGGUGGAGAAAGUAUUUAUGGUGAAAAAUUUGAAGAUGAGAAUUUUCAUUAUAAGCAUGAUCGGGAGGGUUUGCUGAGCAUGGCAAAUGCAGGCCCCAAUACAAAUGGUUCUCAGUUCUUUAUCACAACAGUUCCAACUCCUCAUUUGGAUGGGAAACAUGUGGUAUUUGGUCAAGUAAUAAAAGGACUAGGUGUGGCAAGGAUGCUUGAAAAUGUAGAAGUGAAUGGUGAAAAACCUGCCAAACUCUGUGUUAUUGCAGAAUGUGGAGAAUUGAAGGAAGGGGAUGACUGGGGAAUAUUCCCCAAAGAUGGCUCUGGGGAUAGUCAUCCAGAUUUCCCUGAGGAUGCAGACAUAGACUUAAAGGAUGUAGAUAAAAUUUUAUUAAUAUCUGAAGACUUAAAAAACAUUGGAAAUACUUUUUUCAAGUCUCAAAACUGGGAGAUGGCUAUUAAAAAAUAUGCAAAGGUUUUAAGGUACCUGGAUAGUUCAAGGGCUGUUAUUGAGAAAGCAGAUGUAUCCAGACUGCAACCCAUAGCCUUAAGUUGUGUGCUGAAUAUUGGUGCUUGUAAAUUGAAGAUGUCAAAUUGGCAGGGGGCAAUUGACAGUUGCUUGGAGGCUCUUGAAAUGGACCCUUCAAACACUAAAGCACUAUACCGAAAAGCGCAAGGAUGGCAAGGAUUGAAAGAAUAUGAUCAAGCAUUGGCUGAUCUUAAGAAGGCGCAGGAGAUAGCCCCAGGAGAUAAAGCUAUCCAGGCAGAAUUGCUUAAAGUCAAACAAAUGAUAAAGGCACAGAAAGAUAAAGAGAAGGCAGUGUAUGCAAAAAUGUUUGCUUAAUAAGGAUUAAAGUUUCCUUAACUAUUAUACAUUGAUUAUAUAAAGGACAAUGUAUAUUAUUGUCUACUUAAUCCCUGAUGUAUUUCCCUUGAUCUUUGUCAUUGUUUACAUAGCAGUGCUGACAUCGGUUCCUUAAUAAAGUUACGAAUUAAGUGAAAAAAA